UACGGAAACUUGCACGGUACGGAAAUCGAUAAGUUUCGAGGACUACGUUGGUGGCGAACUAAACCUUGCAAACAACGCAAUGAGCACCUUCCCAGGAUAUAUUCCGGAACUUCCUGGAAUAGCCAUCGACUAUUUCGACCAUGAACAACGGCAGAAGGCGACCGUAUUUUUCCUGUCUCAUUGCCACGCUGAUCAUAUGCGUGGGUUGGCGAUAGAAGAUCCGCUCCCGGGACCGCUGUAUUUAAGCCCCAUAUCUGGUGUGUUCAUCCGUCAUCGGUUUGUUCAACAUGCGAAAGUGACCCGGAAUCUUAUUGCUGAGGAACGAUUAUCCCUAACUGUUAAUCUGCCAAACAAGACAAACUACGAAUUGACCGUAGUUAGCAUUCCGGCUGAACAUUGUCCCGGAUCGGUGAUGUUCUACUUCGAAACCGUUUCAUCGCGAAUUCUGUACACUGGUGAUUUUCGCUCUACAUCGAGCACAUACUUAGCCAGGUAUUUUUCUGAAAUACGCCCCGUAAUAGUUUACCUCGAUAGUACGUUUCUCAACCUUGAAUACGAUUAUUUUCCCACGCGCGACGAAGCUACGGAGAAAAUCACAGAACUUUGCUCAAAUUUUUUAGCAGAUGAACGGAACGUAGUGUCACUGUGGCUUCCAGCAAACUGUGGGUCGGAAGACUUAUUUUUAAAAUUGUUUGAAGGGUUAGGCGAAAAGAUUCACGUCAAUGAGAAACAACGUGGAACGUACAUGCACUUUCCAAACCUUUGUGAGGCACUGACUGGUAACAGUUCAGCGCGAAUUCAUGCUUGCACCGGAACGGUUAAGCAUAGUAAGCACAGUUCAGUACUUGCUUGCCGAACAUUAACUAGCAGUACCGAAACUAUAGUUAGAAUUAUACGCCCUUCGGCCCUACGAUGGAAGGGUUUGCAGCAAACGGAUGAACACUUUCAAGAGACUCAUGGAUUGUUUUAUGUAUGUUACUCCAAUCAUGCUAGCUAUAGUGAGUUAGUAAAGUUUCUACAGUAUUUCAAACCAGGUGUACAGGAGGUUAGACUCAAUACAGUGGCCGAUGAAAGUGAUCUAGCUCGCAAAACACAGCUAGUAAAUUCAAUAUUGUUGGAGUGUGAUAUUGAGAAACGCUGUGUAAGAAAGUGUGAUACUAUACAGCCAAACGAAAGUUUGUACCUUGACAAGAUGGCCUACAAAAACGAUAAGCAUGUAAUACACCACCACAUACACGAAAAUAGCGGUAGUGAAAGUGAUCAUUCUGAAGAUGAGUAUCCUAAUUGCAACUUUCCUAAAAGAAUGCGCUGCGAAGCUGAGAAACAGCAAACAUAUCAGUACGGAUAACUAGAAUGUAUAUGGCAUGA